AUGACGCCUUGCAUUCGUCGUCGGCGCCUCCCCUGUCCCCACUGCCACGAUCCACAGCCAGGACUGCCAUCGCCGUGUUUCGCCGUCACCAGAUCGGUGCCGUGGGCGACGAGGUUGCUCUCCGGUGGUGCAGGUCUACCGCGACGUAAGGCUGAAAGCCCAGAGCUGCUAGUUCGUUUGCCAAAUAAAAGAAUUAAGGAUGGAGAGCUUUUGUUCUUUGAUUCAUACUAUGACAUUGCUGUCUUGGAGAUAUCAGUUGACAAGCCAUUACGAUGCCCUUCCUUCGUUUCAAGUCCAGAGUACGGAGACAAGGUAUUUGUAUUGGCGAGAGAUGAUGAUUCUUCAUUGUUGACCACGACAGGGAGGAUCAUGUGUCAUAAUGAAGCUUAUUUGAACCGCAACUAUUAUUUAUAUGUCAACUGUGUGCUUCCUGAGGCUAGCACAUUUGGAUUAGUCAUUGAUCAAGAUGGAGAUGUUGCUGGAUUGGCGUUUUUUGUUGGGUGGUCAAAGACUGCGGUUCUUCCAAGCUUUAUUAUCAGAACAGUGAUUGAAAUGGAAAGAAAUUUCAGGUGUAUUGCUCGUCCAGUACAUGAUUUGUGUCUGAGAGCGGUGCAGAUUCUUGACAUUCAUAAGAGGGAAGAAAUCUUAUAUGUACACAAUAUUGAUAAUGGUUACAUUGUCGAUGAGGUAACAAUUAAGUCUACUGCAGAAAUUGUUGGGAUUAGGGAAGGAGAUGUGAUUAUUUCAUUCAACGGGAUGCACUCUCAGACUAUGCCAGAGUUGGAGAAUUAUCUACUUUCUCUUGGUUUAAAAUUUCUGGAGAAGAAAAAUGAAUCAUACAAAGUUGUUUUAAAGCUAAAGGUUUAUGAUCCCAUCGAAAGCCAGGAGCAUAUUGUAAAUCUGCCUCUGGGAUUUUCAUGCUCUCCUUCAGUAAAGAAGAGGGCGAAGGUGCAAGUAACUGAAAAGAUACCACCAAGCGCAAGAAAACCACUCCUGUGCUGACAUCUGGAAGGUUCCUACGCCCUCGCAAGAAGAGUGAAGCUUAGGCUGUGUUGAUGUGCAUAGUGUGAAGGAACUUUUAGUUUGUAAUACUUCUGUAACCACUUGCUAUGCUUUUGUUCUUCUCAAUAUCAAUUGUCACAACUUGAGUCAUAUCACUUCUGAAGUGUGGAAAUCAUGUACCGUAAUGGACCACACUUGAUAAAAAGUACAAUACAAGUGUAUGCAAUUGAACUAUCUAUUUAAGAAACUACAUAAAAUUAAGAUACACAAAGACAACGUUAUUCGGAGUUUA